CUGACUCUCUCUCUCCUUGGCUUUUCAUUUCCUACCUUGACUAACUCUCUCUCUCUCUGUCAUCGUAACCUUGUGGGCAGCCAUGGCUGGGUCUUACUUUCGCUGGUUCAAGAAUAACGAAGGAAACGCCAGUUGCCAAAACAGAGGAGAGGAAAAUGCCAUUCCAGAACCAAGCAGAGGAGGUGUUCACAAGUACAGCUUUGAAGAGCUAGCAAAGGCAACAGGUGAUUUCUCCAACAACAACCGCGUUGGACUGGGCGGUUCUGGUCAAGUUUAUAAAGGAACACUUCCAAAUGGUAAACAAGUUGCGAUUAAGAGGCUUCAAUAUAAUUCAGAUCCUGAGAAACAGCGAAUGGAACUUCUAUUUGAGGAUGAGGUUAAAACCAUUAGCCGCACUUGUCACCGGAAUAUUGUGGAGGUCGUCGGAUACUGCAGCGAAGAAGCUGAUCGAUUGAUUGUUUACGAGUUCGUUUCCAACAAUUGCUUGAAAUCUCAUAUCUAUGUGGGAAGAAGACAGCAGAAAACGGUGACCGCCCCGAUCGAUUGGCCAACCAGAAUGAAGAUUGCUUUGGGUACAGCAGAAGGAUUGGCAUAUUUGCAUGAAAAGUGCAAAGGUAAACCAAGAAUCAUCCACAGAGAUAUUAAAAGUGACAAUAUUCUUCUUGAUGAUGAAUUUAAUCCUAAGAUUGGAGAUUUUGGAAUUUCCAAAGAAUUUGCGGAUUCAAAAACUCACGUUUCCACUAUCCCAAAGGGAACUCCAGAUUAUCUCGCCCCCGAGCAUUGCACCGAAGAUGGCCAAAAUAAGAGGCUCACCGAUAAGUCUGAUGUAUUUUCUUUCGGUGUCGUGCUUCUAGAACUAAUUACGGGAAAAUUAGCCGUUUUUGAGAAGGAACGCAGGGAAUAUAUUUUCUUAACUAUUUGGGCCGUGCCUCUACUGAAACAAAUUUUGGAUGCAGAGUAUCAAGAUUUGGAUGCUGAAAAUUGUAAAGAGCUUUUUGAUUCCAAAUUACCGAAUAAUUUUGAGAAAAAUGAUAUGAAACGACUCAUUUAUUGUGCUGUUGCUUGUGUAUAUAAACCUGCGAAUUUACGCCCACAUAUGUGCAAGAUAGUUAAAGUACUAAAUGGAGAUCUGGAACCCAAAACUAUAUGGGUGAGAAGUGAUUGCAAGUACCUAUACAGAGGGUCACCUUACACUCCAUUUCCUCAAGCUCAGGGAACCUCCAGCUCUUGAGCUCUAUCCAAUACAUGAAUUAUCCUGGCCUUGUAACAAAAAAGUAUGUGUUCUUGCUAAAUGCACGUGCUUUUCUAAGGGAUCAAUUAGUUAAUAAGAAUGUGUUGAACUUUUUUUAAAUAUUAAUAAUGAUUGAUAUUGAAUAAUUUUUCA